AGAGAAAGAGAGAGAGAGAGAGGGAGGGGAAAGAAGCGAGAGGGAAGAGAGAGCAGAGGAGCUUUGAGAGGGGAUCUGCAUUGUAAGUAACUCUGAGAGCAGCAAGAGGUGGCUCUUUCUUCAACCUGCCUUUUUUUUUCCAAGAAGCAAAAGAAGAAGAAGAAGGAAGAUAACCGAGCAGAAGACUGCAGUUCUGAAAAGUCUGUGUAUAAAAAAAACUGCAAGGGGACAAGGGAGGAGAGAAGCCAGGAGGAACACAAGGCAGCAAUGGAUAGCAGAGUAGCUCAGUCUGACCCUGGGAUGGCCUGGAUCCACACACUGCUGCUCGCUGCCAUCCAGCACACACACUAGGCUGGUAGCGCCACUGAGCCCUCAUGUGCCUGUUCAGUCAUGCUCCCUGGGUAUGGAUUCUCACCUUUUCCUGAUUUCCAACCCCACCUUAGUGCUUUUCGCUGCAGAGGAGAGAGUCCCAGCAUGUGGAUCCCAGGCUCAGGAGAGUCCCAGGGUCUGAGUGAGGCCCAGGAGAACAGGCCUCUCCUCCAUCCGUGCCACCACAAGCAUGUUGCCGUGUGCCAGCAAGAAACAUUGGCUUUUAUUGAGCUCCAGCCACCACCGACUCCGAAAUUAAACAGCUUUGUCUCUCCAAGGCCAACUGUGAUUCCAGACGCACAAUGCAUGACCCACUCUUUGCCACUAAAUGGUCUCAGACACACGCUAAAUGAACUGAAUGACAUGCAGAAUGGCUGCCGCAGAACAGACAGUGAGCAUGAAACAAAUUUGAAUUUGAACUCUUUUCCACAUGCUGCAGGUGUCAGCGAGCUUGAAUGCCAAAAUGGCACUAGGACUUCUUUACAGGAGCAGAUUGAAAAGCCACGGACCGUCACAGCUGUAUGUCGUCCUCUCCAUGCAGCUCUUAGCCUCCCUCUGUCAUUUCCUCUGUCCUCUCUAUACACAAACCCAGACUCCUGGGAAUCUCAGGUACUUUGCUCCCCAUCCUCACCUGAAUGUCCAGAGUUUCCGGGCCCAGAUUCCUGCCAGCCUCAGAGGAGAACAUCACAAGGAUCACUGAAAGAGAAGUCUAUCCGCAGAAAAAUGCAGGUUUAUUCCCCAGACAGUCUGAGUGAUGAAUCACUCAGCAGCCCAGUCCUGGAUGCAGAAUACAUCUUUCCUGGACCUUUUGCAUCUUUCCUGGAAGAGGACCUCAGUGGAUUAUCCUCUCUGGAAGCCAUUUCAAGUCCUUCAUCCACAGAUGGUGUUACAGAUCUCCCAAACGUCAGUCAUAAUGAUAUUUUUAGUCUACCUGCUGAACCUCUGCAAAUAAUAGAGGACUCCAUGCCAGGGGUGGAGGAGGAGAGAGGGAGCAUAGAUACAUCGAUUGCCACAGGUAUGAGCUUUUUGUCACGCAGCCGCCAAGGGGACCAAGAACGGCGGCGCUUCUCAGCUUCAGAACUGAUAUCGAGACUGCAGCUGUCUCAAAGGAAGAACUCAUUCACCUUGAAGCUGGGGAAGUCGCUGUCUGCUCGAGUAGCCUCCAGGGACAGACAGAGCACCAGCAGCCUCAGCCCCAACACUGACUAUAAGUCCAACUCUAGACACCGCAGUUCAGGAGGCUCUAGUGAUAGUGCCCCACACAGUCCUGUAGGACCAGCACCUCAACUGCCCAGCAGCGACAAUGGGAUGCCUUUGCAUCGGUGGAGCACAAAACUCGGAAUGCGAAAGAAAUCCAUAGAGGAGGAUGUGGGCACACUUCCAUCUGUUCCUAGUUCAAAUCGACUAUCAAGGUUUUUGCCUAGCUCGAUUUUGUACCAGGAAUACAGCGAUGUUGCCAUCAAUAGAGAGAUCCAGAGGCAGCAAGGGAAGGAGCCAGGCACAGAGGAGGAGGGGCUCAGGGACGAGGGGUCAGAUGGGACCCCAUCGCCAUCCAAUCUGUCUCCAUCCAGCUCCUUUCGUUCAUCACGAGGCUCUGCUUUUGCUCUGUGGCAGGACAUACCUGAUGUUCGAACCAGCGGUCAGCUCGACAACUUCAGCAAUGAGGAAAGAAAAUUACAGGAGGCAAAGUUUGAGUUGGUGACGUCUGAGGCAUCGUACAUUCGUAGUCUGACAAUUGCGGUGGACCACUUCAUGCUGUCGCAGGAGCUCGCAGAGUGUCUUGGGACUCAGGAUAAGCAGUGGCUUUUCUCCAAGCUGCCUGAAGUCAAAGAUGUCAGUGAGAGGUUUCUUCAGGACCUAGAGCACAGGCUGGAGGAAGACAUUCUCAGAUUUGAUGUAUGUGACAUCGUUCUGGAUCACUGCCCAGCUCUGCGAAGGGUUUAUUUACCUUAUGUAACCAACCAGGCUUACCAGGAGCAGACAUACCAGCGUUUGCUACACGAAAACACUCGUUUCCCUGGCAUCCUGGCUCGCUUGGAGGAGGACCCUAUCUGCCAAAGACUUCCUCUGACCUCUUUUCUAAUCCUCCCGUUUCAGAGGAUCACCCGGCUUAAAAUGCUGGUGGAGAACAUCUUAAAGAGGACAACACCAGGCUCUCGAGAUGAGGACACUGCCACAAAAGCUUUCAAUGAGCUAAAAAAGAUCAUCAAAGAAUGUAACUCCAGUGUGCAGUCAAUGAAGAGGAUGGAAGAACUUAUACACCUCAACAAGAAAAUUCACUUCGAGGGCAAGAUUUUUCCUUUGAUCUCUCAGUCCCGCUGGCUGGUGAAACAUGGUGAACUCCUGGAAGUGGACACCCAGAUGAUGAGCAUUUCUGGGUCAAAGCUCAAGUUACCCACAAAGCCUGUGUACCUCCACUUGUUCAAUGACUGUCUGCUGCUGUCCAGGAGGAAGGAUACAUGGAAGUUCAUGGUGUUUGUACAUGCCAAGAUAGGAGAGUUGAAAGUGAAGGAUCUCAGUCAGAAGCUGCAAGGAAUCUCAGGCUUCAUCUUUCACCUGCAGCUUUGUGAAGGCCAGCAGCUCAAACAUCAGAUCCUGCUUAAAUCGCACACUGAGAGCGGGAAGCAGAGAUGGAUCACAGCAAUGUUCCCAUCUGACCCACGCGAAGACAUCGAGCAAGCCAGUGAAAAUGAUGAUAUAUCCCAGGUUCAGUGCAUUAAAAGCUACCAAGCCCAAGAGCACGAUGAGUUAACACUGGAAAAAGCUGACAUUCUUCAUGCUAAGACCAUUACAAGUGAUGGCUGGGUGGAGGGCAUCAGACUGUCAGACGGAGAGCGGGGCUGGUUCCCCAAAAGCUACGUGGAGGAAAUCACAAGUCGCAGCGCGCGCCUCCGCAACCUCCGAGAAAAUAUCCGCAUCAAAUGUGUCACACAGAAACUGAAGGGAGAGAACUAACCAUUUUCACUGCGACUUGUUAUGUGUCAAAGCUGCAUUUAAGUUGUGAAGGUGCUUUUUUUUUUUUAGCUUUUGGAUGACUGUUUUAAUUUUAGUUGGAUAUGGGACCUUCAGUAUGUAUAGUAUGCAACUGCUACAACAAGCAAACAUUUCUGGCCUCUUUGCAUGCUUCUAAACUAUGUAUCAGUAGUUUCCAUAAGCAUUGCAGCUUUGAAUGCAGUUUUGAAAUGAUAAUGCAAAGUUUUUAAUGCUCAUUUAAUUUUUUUUCAGUAAGAAUCUGUUGACAGAAGUCCUUAUUUUUAACCAUUUUGCCACUCUGAAAUUUCCACUUUGUAGGAGCCAUUAUUUUAUCAGUGCUUUCUGUGAAUACAUUUCAAUACCAAUACCAAGCCUAAAUGUGAUAGAUGUAUACUUGCACAUUUAUCACCACCACUGGUAAAUGUAAACAUAUUCAGCAGUAAACAUGUAUAUUUCAGAAAGCAGUAGAACGAUGUCAUCUCAAAAUCUGUCACUGCAUUUUUCUUCUAUCGGCUGGCAUAGAUGAAUCUGACUAUCUUGUGCAGUCAACUGAGUUUUGUGAGGUGAUCGAGAUCAGGAUCCGCAUCUUAAGAGGUGUAAAUCUGUUGUCUGCCAUUUUAUUAAAGAGGAUGAUAAGUCAGAGGAUUUUCCAGAAUGGUGGUUUAAAAAUGAAACUAAUUUUCAGGAUUCUGUCAUAACAUAUGAUGCCUUAGCUUAGUUAAAGAGUUGGUGUGAUCAUAUUAUACAGGGUGUCCCUAAAAUCUGGACAAACAGGAAAUCUCAUUAACUAUCAUUUUUUUUGCCUCCACAGAUUAAAUAUGGUUUUGUUGAAAGAAGAAAGAGUUGAACUGGUAUUUCUCAGUGGACACGAAGGAUGGACAUAUUGAAAGAUAGCAGAUGAAGUUAAUGCACGUCAUCCACGGAGGAUUCCACUUUUCCACGGUGACGAAGGUGGUUGAAAAAGUAAUGUCAUGGACAAUCCCUGUUCUAAGCAACCAAAUGUAUCAACCAAAACUAAAGAAUUGGUUCUGGUUAAAAUUCAUGCUAGCCCCAAAAAAUCGCUUCCCUAACCCUAACCCUAUCUUUCGAUAUGUCCAUCCCUCACAUCCACUGAGAAGUACCAGUUCAACUCUUUCUUCUUUCCACAAAGCCAUAUUUAAUCUGUGGAGGCAAAAAAAAAAGGCAAAAAAAUAUAGUAAAUGAGAUUUUCUGUAUCCAGACUUUAGAGACACCUUGUAUAUGUUUUACUGUCAACAAAGUCCAUGAAAAGACCCAAAGUAAUAAUGAACUGAUCUGAAUGACAGUACUGCCUGUGUAGCCAAAGCCAGAUUUUGCUUAUUCCUUUGUGCCAAAGAUGUCCAUUUCUGUUCUUAAUCUAUUACUUCAAUUUUUAAUGUGCUACUGAGUCACACAGGUGACAUGUUUCUUCACUAUCACUAACACAGAAAGUGUCAUUUAUUUUGUCAGUCGCACUCAGACCGUCCAGCUGCUGUAAGUAUCAACUGAAGUGCCAAAUGUGUAUUAAUCUGCUGAAAAUACUCCCCAACAAAUGCACUGCUGCUGUUUGCUAUCAGUUCAAGACAUGAGACGUGAGAAUUUAAAAAAAGAAACUAUGUGCUUGUCUGUAUUGAAAGAUUUCUGCCCUCAGUAUCAACCAAAGUUCAUGGGGCAGAAACACAGAUGGGAAAGGAGAAUUUGUAAAAUUCAAACUGACUGACACAUUGUAGUCUUUGGUUUUUUUAUAGCCUUUGUUGACUUAAAUAUAUAUAUAUAUAUAUAUAUCAUUAGCCUCGCCCUUUAAAACCAGUGAAAAACAAACAUUCCAAAUUUAUUUACAUUUCUUUGCUUUACGUGAACUAAUUUUAAAUCUUGUGUCCAAAUGUAGCAUCAGCUGAAUAAAAUACAGAUUGUUGUAUCACGCUGAUAUAGAAUAACGCUAAAUGCUAAUAUAGAAUAAACAGUUUAAGCACUAAUUUACAGUUAGGUCAGCAUCAUCCACAUCGUUUUCCUCAUUAAGUGUAAAAAAUCCCUAAAUGACUGAUAGCUCAGUGUAACUGAGCUGAGGCCUGUUGUUAAUGGACCACUAUAAUCAACAUUCAAGUGUAAAUUCUUCCAGUGGCACAUGAAAUGUUUAUAACCCUUCUAUUUUCUACAUCUAAGUUGUUAGUUGUAAUUUAAAUUUUUGCUGCUGCAGCACGUGUAUUUAUACUCCUCUAGCUGGUUGUUCUCUAAGGAGAUUUUGGUGUAAAUGUAUUUUUCUGUAGAUGGCUUCAUGUAUAAAAAAUAGAACAUGUUCCAUGUACUUUGAUGACUGUAAUUUAUAUUAAAAAAGAUUUGACACUUUUACAUUUCAAAACUACAAACUUUGCAGCUGGUUUAAUUUCUAAUACCAUAAUAAAUAUAAAAACUGGAAUACACUGGAUGUUUACUGACUUUCUGCACAUUACUGUAAAUGUUUAACCACUGGAAUAAAUACUGAUGAAAUAAAUAUACUA